AUAUUAUGUUUGAUUGAGUGAAUUUAAUUAAUUUGUUUUUUUUGAAUAACAAAUUUAAUAAAUAUAAUAAUGUUAUUUCAAUUAUUUAAUAAAAAAUGUGGUCCACUAAACACCGGCUAUUUAUUUCUAAAUGUGAUGAUUGUUGUCAUUUUAUCAAUGAUUUUGUCGCAAUUUUAUAAAAGCUAUUUUGAAAACAAUCUCAUUGUUAUAAAUGAUUCUCGUCCUUAUCGACGACUCUGUGCGCACAGGGAUUAUGGUAACGGUGCCACAGUUUGCGUUUGCAAUAAAAACUAUUGCGAUGACUUGAGACCAAUCACCAGAACUCCCGUCGGAGUUAUCAAAGUUUAUGAAACGUCCAAAAGUGGCGAUCGUUUCGCUGAAUCGGAACUGCAGUUCAUAAAAACUGCUUUCAAUUUGACUGAACCUAACUCUUACUACACGAGCGAUGUUCACAUUAAUAUUAAUAGAAGUCAAACAUAUCAGAAAAUUAUUGGUUUUGGCGGUGCUUUUACCGAUAGCGCCGGUCUUAAUAUCCGAACCCUUUCUAAUGAUUUACAGAGACAAGUGAUUAGUGACUACUUUGCCGACACUGGUAUUGAAUAUAGUUUGGGUCGCAUACCGAUCGGUGGCAGCGACUUCUCGACCCAUCCCUACACUUAUGAUGACGUGGAGGGAGACUUCGGUUUAGAGCACUUUGCACUAACUUUGGAGGAUCUCGACUAUAAGAUACCUUAUAUAAAGUUGGCUCAAGAGUUAGCCUCUAAUGAGAUCAAACUGUAUGGCAGUCCCUGGAGUUCACCCGCAUGGAUGAAAACCAACCAUAAGAUCAAUAACGGGGGUUUCCUUAUUGGCGAACCGGGAAAUAAAUACUACCAGACAUUUGCUAACUAUUUUAUUAAAUUUUUGGACGCAUACACUAAACGUAACGUUAGUUUAUGGGGAAUAACGGUAGAGAAUGAACCAAACGCUGGCUAUAAUGACAAAUAUCUGUGGAAUAGUUUGGGAUUUUCACCCGAACUUCAAAGAGAUUUUAUUAAACAAGAUUUGGGCCCAAUUUUGGCCAAACAUGGCUAUGGAGUCGACAAACUGAAACUCAUGAUUAAUGACGACCAGAGACCCACAGUUAGUCACUGGGCUCGAGUCAUACUGUCAGACAAAAAAGCGGCCAAAUAUGUGUCAGGAAGUGCUUUCCAUUGGUAUGAGAGUACACCGGAAAAUGUGGUACAAUUGGAUACCACUCACAAUGAGUUCCCCGACUACUUCCUGUUGUCCUCCGAAGCCUGUGAAGAGUGGAAGGGCAAGACUGAGAAGGUGUCGCUCGGGAAUUGGCAUACAUUUGAUAGAUAUACUAAUGAUAUUAUUACUGAUCUCAAUCAUUGGACGGGUGGAUGGACUGACUGGAACCUAGCACUUGAUCUACAGGGAGGUCCUAAUUGGGUGGGCAAUUAUGUAGAUGCUCCCAUUAUAAUCAAUCGUACCAGCAAUGAAUACUAUAAACAGCCAUUUUUCUAUGCCCUUGGUCAUUUCAGUAAAUUUUUGUCUCCCGACUCAGUGAGGAUAGGCUCUGUCACUAAACCCGAAAGUGUGUCCGGAAUUCAAGUGACAUCCUUUAGAAGGACAGACAAAUCUACGGCACUUGUAGUCUAUAAUCAAAACAACGAGUCGAUCACACUAUCGAUAAAUGACCCUAAGUUUGGUGUUGUGAACAGCAUUAUUAAAGCCAAUUCACUUCAAACCUAUUUAUGGUUUGACUGAUAUAAUAUGUAAAAUAGUUUUCCAUUUUGUUAUUUUUGUUGUUAUAAUGUUUUUUAUAAAAAUGUUUGACAAAUUGUUAUACUUGAUUACUACUAUAAAUACAAAGUGUAGAUAAUAAAAAAAUAUAUGUAUAGAAA